CAAAGUACAGCACCUUAAAACGGCCCAACGUCAGUUCAUCGAUGGCAGUUGAUACGCGGCAGCCGGCCACGAACCAUUGCGUCCCGGUUCGUGCAACCGUCAAAAAACGGUUGACUUUUCGACCUAUCCACGAAACUAGUGGCAAACGAAACUGACGUAGCUAACGGCAUUCCGUUGCACCAGAGUACUCACGCUUGAUUAAGAGAUCAAAAAGAUCACAGUGAAAUUGAACGGUUCGAUUGAACGGUUUUUCUAGCUGCUCCGAAUUGUGCUCAGCUGUGAUGGCGCUCACAAAGAAAGCAUCGGCAUGGCACCGUCGAACGGUCGUUUUGAAACCAUCAUUGACGUGCUCGAUCAGCCUUGGCGUACUGCUAAUGGCACUGCUCUCCAGCCCGGCGGCGCAUACGAUCAUCGAACGACCUGCACGUCUAACGCCAGAAGAAUACCAUUAUCAACGAGCACUGCUAGCCGAACAAGAAGCACAGGAAGCUUUCGGAGCUGACAUCGUCCUAACUACAAACGAAUCCAUCGUAAAUAACCACCUGAUGGAUCUGAAGGUGGACGAACUGGAAAAAGGUUACAUCAAUCCGUACAACUUUACACCCGCGCGCCAUUUCUUUGAAGUGCUCGACCAGAUCAACGCAUCACCUCUGUUCCAGUUUAUACGAGAAAUGCCCAAGGGUGCUGUGCUUCAUGCGCACGAUACUGCACUGGCCAGCACUGAGGUGAUCGUGAACGUAACGUACUUUCCUAACCUCUGGCAGCGAGGUAACAUUACCGACAAACAUGACCUCGAGUUCCGCUUUUCGCAAGCAAAACCUAUCGGCAGCGAUGGUUGGGAAACGGUCCAUACCAUCCGAAACCGGAUGGGUGCCGCCCAGUACGAUGAAGAGAUCCGUCGUCUGUUUUCGCUGUACGAUGCAGAUCCGCUUCACACGUAUCGCAGCAUCAACGAUGUGUGGGACAGGUUCAGCCAGAUUUUCCUAGCGCUCGAACCCAUCGUCACGUAUAAACCCGUCUGGGAGCAUUACUUCCGGGAGGCACUUCGAGAGUUCCGCGAGGAUAACGUGAUGUAUCUGGAGUUUCGGGGACUGCUGCCAACGCUCUACGAUCUAAACGGUAAUACCUACAAGCCGGAGGACGUGGUAAAAAUUUACCGAACAAUCACGGAGGAAUUCAAAGCUAGCAAUCCACGUUUUAUUGGAACGAAAUUCAUCUACGCGCCGAUGCGGUUCACCGACAACCAAACGGUCGAUCAAUAUAUGAGACUUGCUGAACGGUUGCACCACCAAUACGGUGAUUACGUCGUUGGGUUUGAUCUUGUCGGCCAGGAAGACCUCGGCAGACGGCUGCUGGACUUUGUGCCGCAGCUCCUGAACUUUCCUUCGUACAUUAACUUUGUGUUUCAUGCCGGCGAAACGAACUGGCACGGUAUGCCAACGGAUGAAAAUUUGCUCGAUGCCAUCAUGCUCGGUACAAAACGAAUCGGACAUGGAUAUGCACUGCUCAAGCAUCCAGUGCUGGCGGAAAUGGUGAAGGAACGCGACAUUUGUGUCGAAAUCAAUCCCGUCUCGAAUCAGGUACUCAAGCUGGUGGCUGAUUAUCGGAAUCAUCCGGCAAGCAUUCUGUUUUCCACCGAUUUUCCACUCGUCGUAUCAUCGGACGAUCCAUCUUUCUGGCGUGCGGCUCCACUUAGCCACGAUUUUUAUAUGGCGUUUCUGGGCAUGGCAUCGGCCCAUCAGGAUCUCCGACUGCUGAAAAAGCUGGCACUCAACUCGUUGCGCUACAGCUUAAUGAACAAACAGGAUAAGGCAGCGGCGGAAGCAAUAUUCCACCAGUCCUGGGACGAUUUUAUCGAUGCGAAAGUCAAGCAGAUAUUAACGAAAAGUUGAAAUCAAAUGUGAGCACAAGCGGCAAAUAUAGCGCGAACGAAACACGAAA